CCCAGAUGUCAACCAGUUCCUAGAUUGCGAGAUCUUCAAGCGCCGGAGCUGUUGCACAAAAUCAUCUAAACCCCGCGAUUCACAUCCCGUCUGCCAUGCUUUAUACAUUGCACAGAUGUCGACGUGGAACAAUUAUUCAAGCUUUCUAGCUGUUCUAUUGGCUGUUGACAAGGAAAUUGCUUGGCUAUCACCUGUGAUCGUCGACAAAUCCUUGGCCCACUCAAACAACCUAGCAUCUAACUUACCUGAGAAGUACUAAAACAUCGAAAACAUCUCAUUGGCUUAGACCCCCAACUUUGGAGAAUCACGACCUGCCAAAUCUCAUCUCCCUUGCUGCGUUUGUGAGGUCAUUUGUCGAACUUUGUACUCCCAUGCGCAUGGUCUUGCUUUGUUUAGGGCUUUCAUUUAUACAUCUUGCAUAUUAAAAUGCGAUAUGUUACGCACCGGGUUACGGUGCCGAGGUUGGUGUGGAAUUUUAGUUGAACUCGACAGGAAGGUGUGUUGGCGCACAAGAUCACAAGUAUAAGAGGUACGACUGCAGCUCCUUGCUAUGAUCUUCUGGCUUGUUCGAAACCCCUGCUUUUGAAAUGAUGUCUGUUCAGUUCUUCGCACUCGUUUUGGCCGCUUUGGUGCCGAGCGCUGUCGCUCAAAGUUGCGCAUCCAUUGAACCUGCGUUUCAGCCCACAUGGGGAACUGGAUUCUCUGGUCGCGUACUUUUGAAUGAGUUGAGCGCGCCUCGUGGAAUGAUCUUCGAUUCUUUGAACAACCUCCUCGUUGUUGAGUCUGGCACAGGCGGAGUGCGCUACAUAACGCUUGCAGACAACAACGGAACUGAUGUGUGCGUUGAGAACUCGAAGACGCUUAUUAAUGCGCAAAGUCUGAAUCACGGCAUCGAAAUCUCAGCUGAUGGAGAGACGCUCUUUGUUUCGUCCAAGUCUACUGUCUUCGCGUACCCAUAUGAUGCCGCCGCCGGCACAGUAGGGGAACCUAAGACACUCAUCACAGACAUGAGUUUAGGUGGACAUUCAACCCGUACUCUGCGAAUUUCCAAGAAGAACCCCGAUGCAUUGAUAGUGUCUGUCGGCUCUGAUGGCAACAUCGACGAAGAGACUUCCGAAGAAGGUUCCGGACGCAGCCAACUUCGUGUUUUCAGCAUUGCUGAAAUCACUGAAACCCCAGUCGAAUACACCGCCGGCGCAAUUCUCGGAUGGGGUCUCCGAAACAGUGUUGGCGUGACUGAGGAUCCAGUUACAGGCGGCAUCUGGUCGGUUGAAAACAGUGUGGACAACCUGGAGACUGACGGUGUUGACAUUCAUAAUACCAACCCAUGCGAAGAACUAAAUUACCACGGCACAAUCGAAGGAUCUACCGCAGAGUAUGGAGCCAACUAUGGCUACCCAGACUGCUUCGCUGCUUGGGACCCAUCUGUUAUUCCUAACAACGAGAACAUCAACAUAGGCACGCAGUUUGCCUUCGGUGAUGGUAACGAUACUGCAUGUGCGGAAAGAGUGCCGCCCCGCCUUUGCUUUCCUUCGCAUACUGCUCCUCUCGGAGUGACCUUUAACAACAAGGGAACUGCGGCCUACAUUGCGUUCCACGGAUCAUGGAACCGAAGCCCUCCCGACGGCUACCGUCUGAGCAAGAUCGAAAUCGACUCUGCGACCGGCCAACCAACCGAACCAUCGACGUCGGAUUCUGCUGCAAUCAACGUCAUGAGCAAUCCAGAUAACGCAGCUUGCCCAUCCCAAUGUUUCCGACCGGUAGAUGUUCUGUUCGAUACAGAAGGAAGGCUGUUCAUGACAAGUGACGCAUCCAACGAAUUAUGGGUCAUUUCUGGCUCUCUUUAA